AUGAGUGUUGAGGUCGGAGGUGAUGAUUCUGGAGGUGAAGGGAGAAGAUAUGGUAUCAUGCAGCAAUUAGUCGAAUUGCGAGCUGUACAAGCUGCUUCUUUCUGGCUCGCGCUUUCUGAGCCGAUCUAUUGUAUAAGAUUCAAAUAG